UCCAAAAAGAGUUGUGAUGGAUUCAAGAUGUCUCGAUCGAAAUUUGGUUCACAUAACUGUUCUUUAAAACAACACCCAUGGAUUGUCAAUUGUAUUUGCAGUCCAACACGAAAACAGAAAAGUCAAACCAUUGACGUAAUUAGAGAUAUAGAGAUACUGGGUGAUGGCAGUGUGGUGCGAGACGUUGCAGACAGAGAGGUUAUCAUUAGAGCUGUCUUCUCAGCAGAUGCUGUGCAGAAAUUUAGACAGGAACUGGAGGAUUCCAACAGCUGCCCUGUAGAAUGGAACCAGGCUUUACUGCUGGUCUGCAAGUACCACACAGAAUUUCGACCUCACAAAAAUCUGGCCAAGUGUGAAUUUGUUCUCCAUAUUGACAACUUCAGACUCUGGGAUCUGCAGGAAGGCUUCCAAAGAAAACACAGACUCAUCCACUGUGAUCAAGAUGCAAGAAUACAAAGGAAAAUGAAAGACCUAUGGGAAGAAAAGCAAAUUGAAUGGCAAAGAGAAGAAGUGCUGAGAAAUACCAUGCCAAUAACAUCAGAUUUAUCACAACAAAAUGAAUCAAUGUCUAGUAUUUCUGUUACACAACUUCUGGAGGAAAUCGCAAAAGAUGUCAAUGAUACACCAAAAGAUGUGACUCCAAAGAAAAAAACCAAGAAAAGGACUAUGGAGGGAUCAAAAAACAUGGCAACCGGACAAAGCACAAAAAGGGUUACAGACAGUUUGCAUAUACAAGAUGAAAAAGUUUGGCAGGGUAAGAAGAAAGACUUGGCUGAAAUGGAUGAAGAUACAGUAAUGCAUGGAAGUCGGGAGAAAACGACGAGAAAGACAACAUGGAAACAGAUGGUAUACAACAAAGAACUGUCCAUUACCGAGGAUUUGAGAAGACCAUUUAUAGUUAGAGAUUUCUUGAUACCAGAACAUGAGCAGGUUAUUUUACAGGAUAUUGCAGAGUGGAAAGAAGGUUACAUGCCAGAAAUUGGUGUAACAGCCAGUUCAGAGGAGACGGGCUCUAGUGACAAGACUGUCAGCUAUGUGACGCACACGUUAGUGGAUGAUGUAUCAAGCAUGGAGACAUUAUGUCAACCAUCAUCUCUGAAAAAAGGGAGAAAGGAUGUUACACCAGAGGAAAGAACAGAUAAUCAUUCAUUACAGAUGCCAGUUAAUCAGGAGUCCCAGCACUUUGUCCCGUGUCUGUCCCCUGAGAAUGGAUCCAUCGUAGAUUUCAACAGAAAAAGGAUCACCAGUAUUGCAGAUGCAGUGUCACCAACUCGAUGCAAGGCAUAUUUGGAAGCUUUAGAAAGAGAGGAAGAUGAGAGACUAGAAAAACUGGCUACACCCAGUAAAAGUUUCUCUCAGUGUAGGGUAUCAUUGCCAGAGACAACUUUAUACAGGCAAAUGUCAUCUUUAAAAGAUCUAGAUGUGCUCCAAACAAAUUGUAAUGGAUAUCAAACAGAAGAUCAACUCCUUUCAGUUAAACAUCAAGAUGUGAGCAAUAAAGUAACUAAAGAUGAGACACCAUCUUCCCAAACAGACAGUGAACCUGAUAGUCAAUUAACAAAGCGACGUCUAUUUUUCUCUGGUGCUAAACGAAAAAGAGGAAGAUCUUCUUUAGAAAGAAGUGAAGACACAGCCUUGAUUAGCAAAGACAUUUCUGGCCAACCAAAUCUUGGGGACGAAUCUAUAGAGAUUUUGAACAACUCCCCAGAAUCUGCAAUAAUAGGCAAGGAUAGGUCAGCAAUCAAAGAGACAAUAUCAAGGAGUGCUGAUGAAGACCACUGUAUGACUGGUGAAGCACAAUCUGUUAUGGACUCGUUUAAUGAGGCUAUCAUCAUCAACAGUAGCCAUGACAGUACAUCUUCUGAAGUAAGCCAAUCAGUCUUAAAGUAUAAAAAUAGGAUUGAGGAUCAGAAUGAUUUAUCAGAGGACGAAUCUCUCCAGUCAGCCAGCCAAUCACAGAACCUGUCUCUACAGGUACAACCCAGCCAGUCACAGAACCUGUCUCUACAGGUACAACCCAGUCAAUCACAGAACCUGUCUCUACAGGUACAACCCAGCCAAUCACAGAACCUGUCUCUACAGGUACAACCCAGUCAAUCACAGAACAUGUCUCUACAGGUACAACCCAGCCAAUCACAGAACCUGUCUCUACAGGUACAACCCAGCCAAUCACAGAAUGUAUCUUUCCCCACAGACAAGUCCAAGCUGCUUGCUUCACUUACAGACAUUCCUGCACGGACAGAAACAGGAAGAAAGUUGCUUGAACUGAAAUUUUGUGACAGACUGUUAAAUCAGAUUGCUGAUUAUUAUUCACAGAAAUAGUAGACAUCUAUUUAGUUUAAAAACAGUGAUUUGGGUUAGGGUAUUGUAGCUUGUUUCAUGCAUAUACUGGAGAUUUGAACAUUAGACACCGACGAGUUUUGAAACAACAAAAUUUGUGAUCUAAUCUGUGUUUUCAUUGGCAUUCUUACAUUAUGGACAAACUUAAAAUAUCUUCCACUUAAAAUUCGAUGACACAUUUAAGCAUGGCUUCAUAGCAAAUUCCAUCAAUGCUAAUGUCGAUCAUCUGCCUCAGCUGGAAAAAUAACUGCCGCCUUUGGGUUAGCUUCAGAUUUCAUGAGUAUAUCAGGGAUUAAAUCUUGGAAAUUAUCCAAUGAAAAGAAGCGUUACAUAACUUGAAGUUUAUGUUUAAUAUCUGCGGAGGAUGGACAUUAUUUUUGUAAUUUGAAUGUUACACAAUGCUUUAUCUUGAAUCAUUACGUUUGUUGACAAACAGGGAGCUUCCAACAGGAAACGCAGAAAACAGAGAUUGAGUACUAGAUCUGGCCUUUUGUUCCUAUGAUAGCAGUCAGUAGUUAUAUAAAAAUAUAUCUCUAUUUUUAUAUUUCAGGUUUUCUGAACUUUGAAAAGUUAAAUAAAGCAGACACAAAAUUUCUAAAAUUGAAGUAAUUGAUGCAGACAUCUAUAUUCACCAAUAAGGAUACUUCUUCACAUUCUUCAGAUGAAUCACAAUAUUUCAGACAGUGUGUAUUGUAGGAUCAUGGUCACAUUUACUAUUUCAGAAAAACCUUGUUACUGAAGGCUUCAAUCCUUGAAAGAUUUGGAUCAAACUUCACACACUCCUCCAUCAUUUAGUUUGCAUCAAUCAUAGUUGAAUUGGGAGGUUAUUUCUAUUGUUUGCUGUGCCUUGUUUAUGAUAAGAUAUUGUUAAAAAAAAAAAGUAAAACAGUUACAAAUAAAAUACUGGUA